AUGGCCCUCGAUACGGCAGCCUAUCCGGCUCGGAAGGAUGAGAGAGAGACAGAGCAAGCAAGAGGAGUGGAGGCCCGUCACAUCAGCACAUUACGCUGCGUCCUUGUGGUGGAGGAGCGCAGGAGUCAUCAACCCGGGCUUCAAGUCCAGGGACCACUGAGGGGUGGCUACCGGCGGGGGGCGGGCUUUCAUUCAUCACAGGCGCCCGGGCUCCAUCGCUGCAGACGUAUGAGCGGUGAAGUGGCCACACAGGACGGGCCGCUGCUCAGGCGUGGAGCGGUCAAUGGGCAGAGUUUGGAGAUAGACACAGAAGGAGAUAAGAGCCACCUCCUGUUGAGGGCGAGGGCAGUCAAGGAGGGAGAGGAGCAAGUCAAAGAGGGAGAGGAAAGAUCAAAGAGAGAGAAGGAGCCUGUCAAAGAGGAGAGAAAACAGUCAAAGAGGGGAGAGAGCAGGUCCAAGGAGGGGGAGAGCACGACAAAGCGGGAGAGGAGCAGGUCAAAGAGGGAGAGAACCGGUCAAAGAGGAGAGGACAGGUCAAAGAGGAGGAAACAGGUCAAGAGGAGAGGUGCAGGAACAAAGAGGGAGAGGAGCAGUCAAAGAGGAGAGGAGCAGGUCAAAGAGGGAGAGGAGCAGGUCAAAGAGAGUAGAGGAGCAGGUCAAAGAGGGGAGGAGCAGGUCAAGAGGGAGAGGAGCAGAUCAAAGAGGGGAGAGGAGCAGGUCAAAGAGGGAGAAGGUAGCAGUCAAAGAGGCGAGGGAGAGGAGCCGGUCAAAGAGGGAGAGGAGCAGGUCAAGGAGGGAGAGGAUCAGGUCAAAGAGGAGAUGGAGCAGGUCAAAGAGGAGAGAGCGCAGGUCAAAGAGGGGAGAGGAGCAGGUCAAAGGAGGGAGAGGAGCAAGGUCAAAGAGGGAGAGGAGCAGGUCAAAGAGGGAGAGGAGCAGGUCAAAGGGGAGAGGAGCAGGUUCAUGGAGGGAGAGGAGCAGAGUCAAAAGAGAGAGAGGAGCAGAAUCAAGGAGGGAGAGGUGCAGGUCAAAGAGGGAGAGGCGCAGUGUCAAAGGCAGGAGCCACUGGAACUAGAGGAGCAACAGGAGCCAAAGGAGCUCCAGGAGCCACAGAAGACAAAGGAGCUCCAGCAGCCACAGGAGCUAGAGGAGCCACAGGAACCACAGGAGUUGAAGGAGCCACAGAGGCUACAGGAGCUUGAGGAGCCACAGGAACCACAGGAGUUGAAUGAGCCGCAGAAGACAAAGAAGCUACAGGAGCCAAGACAACUACAGGAGCAAAAGGGGUUGGAGGAGCCAGAGGAGCUACAGGAGCUAAAGGAGCCACAGGGGCCUCCGGAGCUACAGGAACCACAGGCGCAUGGCGCCGUGGCAAGAGCUCUGGUAGGAGGUACAGGAGCCAUAGGAGCUACAGGAGGCACAGGAGCCACAGGAGCCACAGGAGCCACUGGAGUUGAAGGAGCCACAGGAGCUCCAGGAGCCACAGAAAACAAAGGAGCUACAGGAGCCACGACAGCUACAGGAGCCACAGGAGUUGGAGAAGCCAGAGGAGCUACAGGAGCUAAAGGAGCCACAGGAGCCAAAGGAGCUCCAGGAGCCACUGGAGCCAGAGGAGCUACAGGAGACACAGGAACCACAGGAGUUGAAGGAGCCACAGGAGCUACAGGAGCCAUAGGAGACACAGAAGCCACAGGAACAACAGGAGUUGAAGGAGCCACAGAAAACAAACGAACUACAGGAGCCACGGCAGCUACAGGAGCCACAGGAGAUACAAGAGCUAGAGCCAGAGGAGCCACAGGAGCCACAGGAGCUACAGGAACCACAGGAGUUGAAGGAGCGACAGGAGCCAUAGGAGCUACAGGAGACACAGGAUCCACAGGAGUUGAAGGAGCCACAGGAGCUACAGGAGCCAUAGGAGCUACAGGAGACACAGGAACCACAGGAGUUGAAGGAGCCACGGCAGCUACAGGAGCCACUGGAGCCAGAGGAGCUACAGGAGAUAAAGGAGCUACAGGAGCAACAGAAAAUACAGGAGCCACUGGAACUAGAGGAGCAACAGGAGCCAGAGGAGCCAAAGGAGCUACAGUAUUUACAGGAGAUACAGGAGCACAGGAACCACAGGAGUUGAAGGAGCCACAGGAACCACAGGAGUUGAAGGAGCCACAGGAGCCAUAG